UGUGAACGUAUAUUUUUUUAAUGUUGGCAACCUUGCAAUACAGCAGGCAAGAAAAAGAAGAAUAGAACAUUAUUAAAUUUGUUAUUUUCGCCAGAAUAUUAAUUAAAAGAGAAAUUAUCUCACAUUAUCUCAAUUAUCACUAAUAAGGUGAAUAUCAGUAAAUAAUUGAAUAUUUCGUUUGCACAAAAAGCAAAAUUAAAGUAAGAAUAAUGGUGGACGCCGCACGUCAAAUGUUGGACGAAUUGAUGGGAAGAAAUCGAAAUUUACAUCCAUCAGAAGCUCCCAAGACUGUAAACUGGGAUGACCCGGAGUAUUGUCAAUAUUAUAUAGUGAAAUUUUGUCCGCACGAUUUAUUUGUAAAUACUCGAGCCGAUUUGGGCGCCUGCUAUCGUAUACAUGAUGAUGAGGCCAAAAAGAAAUACGACGAAGCCAAGCCAAGUCAUCGUAAGCGUCAAUUCGAAGAUGAAUUUCUGCAAUUUUGUAAUUCUAUGCUCAAUGACGUCGAUCGCAAAAUACAAAAAGGUAAACAACGCUUAAAAUUGAUGCAAAAAGAUCAGCCGUCUGGCCUAUCUCAUACGUCCAAAUAUCAGGAGCAAUUAAACAAUUUAAACGCGCGCAUUAAAAAGCUGCUGGCCGAAGCCGAAGAAGCCGGCAUACGGGGUGACGUUGAUCAGGCACAGGAUCUCAUGAAUCUUUGUGAACAACUAAAGGAUGAACGCGACGCUAUGGUGGUCCAACAUGAACAGAUGAUAACAACCACCAAAGAAACUAUAAUUUCGGAAAAAUUAGCUAUUAAAGCACCAACAUCAAUAGCGGGUAAUUCAUCAGAAACCAGUGGUGGGAAUGGUGGUGGCGGAGGAGGCGAUAAAUCACCAACAAGCGAUGCUGAAAAUUCUUCAUCCGCUGCGGACAAAAAAGUUAAUGCUUGGAUGCAAGAUAUGGGACAUAUACCGGAAAAACAAAUGGAGGUAUGCGAAGUUUGUGGUGCUUUUCUCAUUGUAGGCGAUGCUCAACAACGUAUCGAAGACCAUUUGACGGGUAAACAACAUUUGGGCUUUACAAAAUUACGCAAAGCCGUCGAAGAAAUUCACGAACGUCGCAAAAAGGAACGGGAAGAAGAUGAACGUCGCAAACGGGAUGAUCGUUCCUCACAUCAUCGUAGCAAUUAUCACAGCAGUUACGACCCAGAGCGUAGGCGUGAACGUGAACAUCGUGAACGAUCACGAGAACAUAAUAGUGGUCAUUAUCAUCAAAGUGAUAGGCAUAGACAUCAUCAUAAAUCUCACCACCGCCGUCGUUCUCAUUCACGUAGUCGUUCUCAUCGCAGUAGUCAUGAACGCCGUGAAAGCCGUAGCCGCAGCCGUAGUCGUUACUAACUGCUCUAGUAACGUAUAAAUGAG